GCGGCGCAUGCGCAGUGUGAUGCUCCGCGCCGCUCGCCUCAUGGCGGCCGCCGGGGCUGGGCCCGCGCCGCGCAUCGGGACCCACGACGGGACCUUCCACUGCGACGAGGCGCUGGCGUGUGCGCUGCUGCGGCUGCUGCCGCGCUUCCGGGACGCGGAGGUGCUGCGCACCCGGGACCCCCAGCGUCUGGCGCAGUGCGACGUGGUGGUGGAUGUCGGGGGUGAGUACGACCCCGAGCGGCACCGCUAUGACCAUCACCAGAGGUCCUUCACACAUUCCAUGCGGAGCCUCCGGCCCGACAAGCCCUGGAGCACGAAGCUCAGCAGCGCCGGAUUGAUUUACUGCCACUUUGGCUCCCAAAUCCUGGCGGAGCUCCUGGGGCAGCCGGAGGACGGGGCCGUGGUGGCCGCGCUCUACGACCAGUUGUAUGAGAACUUCGUGGAGGAGAUCGACGCCAUCGACAACGGCAUCGCGCAAGCGGAGGGGGAGCCCCGCUACGCCCUGAGCAGCACCCUCAGCGCCCGCGUGGGGCGCCUCAACCCGCGCUGGAACGACCCCGACCAGGACACCGAGGCCGGGUUCCAGCGGGCCAUGGAGCUGGUCCGGAGCGAGUUCCUGGAGCGGUUGGACUAUUGCCACCGGAGCUGGCUGCCGGCGCGGGCGCUCGUGCACGAGAGCAUCCGGCGCCGCUUUGAGGUGGACGGCAGCGGGCUGGUGCUGGAGCUGCCGCAGGGCGGCUGUCCCUGGAAGGAGCACGUCUUCAGGCUGGAGCGGGAGCUGGCGCUGCCGCAGCCCCUCCUGCUGGUGCUGUUCCCGGACCGGGGCGGGCAGUGGCGGGUGCAGAGCGUCCCCGCGGGGCCGCACUCCUUCCAGAGCCGCCUCCCCCUGCCCGAGCCCUGGCGCGGGCUCCGGGAUGAGGCUCUGUCCCGGCUCUCCGGCAUUCCCGGCUGCGUCUUCGUUCACGCCACCGGCUUCAUCGGCGGCAACCGCACACGGGAGGGGGCCCUGGAGAUGGCCCGGAGGACACUGGAGCAGCGCGGGGCGGAGGAGCCCCCUCCUGGCACCGGCACCCCGAAAGGAACCCUUUGAUGCAGGGAUCACUGCAGGGAUCAACGCAUGUAAUGGGAUCGUUGUCGUGGGGCUGGGGGGGGGGGGGCCCGGCUCACCCCGGGGGUGUCACUGCCCCUCAUCCCAGUGUGGGACUGGUGUGAGCCCGGUUAGAUCCCAGAACAAGAGACUUUUGGAUCCGAAGCUUGUCCCCGUUCCCGUUACAUAUCGUCUGCCACUGGAUUCCCAUCACCAGUAAAACCCAGUGUAUGCCCAGUG